AUGUCCUGCAUCACACUUGCAAACAUGCGAAGAGGUGUCCUGCUGCACAAGUUGAUUUUACUCGAGCUUGUGCUGGGAUACUGGCAGGGUUUCUUCAUCCUGUUUAACCCUCCAGUGUACGCGUGGUGGCUUUCAGUCGCUGCGAUUCCUCUGAACAUAUCCUGGUGGCUGCACAAUGUAAUCGCCUGGAUGAAGCUUAGGCCUUUUUUGAACAAGGUAGGCAGCCGACUAUUCAUCGGUACCAUCAUCCUAGUCAUCCCGUACUGGAUCGUCGAGAUAUACGCCAAUUUUACCUAUUUCCACAAUGUCAACAAGGUCUUCCUGAAAACGAGGCCGUGGGAGGCUUUGUGUCGAGAUCCGUGGUGGAUAUUGGCAGCAUGCCUCCUGAUAUACAACAUCAAGACGAAGUACGAUCUAAGCCUGACGCAAAUCGUCCGAAUAUCGCCCCGGUUCGCUGUGAUGCUGGGCGCUAUGGUCCUCAGUAUCUGCUUUAUUGUGCUGGACGUCCUGUCGGUGACCUCGGCUCUUAAAUCCGUGCUUCCGGUCGGGAUCAACCCUUUCUGGAAGUUAUCCUUUGUUUUCAAGUGCUUGACCGACUCGGUUGUCUUAGACGACUUCAAGACAGCAUUGGACCGACUCCGAGCAUUCAAACUGAGCAGGCUUGGGAGCUUUGCCAUUGAUGGCGCGGACAGCCGAAGCAAGAAGCACAAAGACGCCGUAACGAAGGCCAACAAUUGGACGAAUCCAUCCCCAGUAGCAGACAAACCUCAACCGGUCGCACAACUGCCCGUUCUGCCCAGUCCUGAUGGAGAUUACGUCAAGCCCCGGUGGGAGGAGUUGAAACCAGGACGCUCCCAUCAUGUGGAAGAUCCUGAUCCGACGGAGGUUGCCCGGAACGGCUCAAGAGAUCGUGAUCCAGAGGAGAAUCCUUUUGAUGCGAUCGAUGCGAUCGAUUACGCCGAUCCUCAACGGGAGGCAAGCGACAGUCAUAUGCUCCAAUCCCAAACGAGUUGGUUACAUAGGCGGUCAUCGGAGGAGACCUCAGACGCCGAUAUCGAAUAUGCAAUGGCCGUCCGCGAGGUGACGAAUGAAUCAAUGGAGCACCAACGCACUAGGGCCAAGGGAAUCGGCGUGGCGAAAUGA